UUUAUUUAGUAAUUAUUAAUUAUACUACACAACACAUUACAGACGUCCGUAUUAUAUAUUUUAUUUUUUAUUAUUUAUUAAUUUUAUUAUUUACAUUUACCUAAAAAGAUUUAAUUAUCAUAAGAACUAAGAAGACGCGAGCUGUUAUAAUUGAAAAACUUCAUUAAUAUAUACAUUUAUUAAAUAAUUAGUGAAAAUGAUCAAACAAGUAAUUAAAUCGUUUCCAGACAAUAAACCUAUAUCUGCUUUGUGUGUUGUGGAAGACGUCUCAAAAUGUCCUGCUGGUUAUAGUCCUAUACUAAAAACUCAUGAUCAAGAUUCUGAUGCCGAUUUGCAUUUGCAGUCGUGGAAGGAAUCAGUUUUUAUUGGUCGCAAAAUUACGAGAUAUUUGUGUAUAUCAAAAACAGAAGGUAUAUCGGAUUACAUAGUGGUCAAUAUUGUCUUGAUCAAUGAAAAAGAAGGUCCCCCGGACGGCUAUUGUUUAAUCUCUAGAACUAUAGACAACGAUCAAAAAGCUUGGCGAAAACGUCAACUAUGUUACAAAUUGUCCAGGAGAAAUUUGGCAUCACAUGCAAUAACUGAUAUUAUAUUGUUAAGCCGAUCAAAGAAAGCUCCAGACGGCUUCAACUAUGUUGGGGACUUAAACGGCUUAACACUUUGUUACAAGACUAGUUCUCAAUCACCAGUCAAUGUUCCGCUGUCGCCUUUAUCAUACGGGUUAGCACCAUCCCAAGCUACAGAAAACCUCCCCAACGGUAAUGGUUCUUUAGAGUCGUACCCUAGUUUGGAUAUGAGUGCAAAUUCAUUGACACAUGAUUAUGAUCGUCUUUUAUCACUAAAACCUACUCGACCAGCACCGAAAUUACCAACACCAACAUACUCGUCUUCCAAUUAUUCCACAUUAAACUCUUUACAAGGGCUAGAAGGAAUUCCGUUUGUAUUGAACCCAAACUUUGUUGUCGAUAACAAGUACAGUUUAAAGAAUAUACCUGAAAUUAAAGUCAAAACUUUGGAGGAUCUUGAUUUACAAUACAAUUAUAGUUUCGAACAAGAACGACAAGUGUGAUUUAAUAACUACUUACCAGUAUGUAAGUAAAAUUAGGAUAGAUGACAACUGUAAUGUGAUAAUUGUAUUAUGUACAUGUAUAAUAUGUACUUCUAUAACUGUUUCGAGAUUUGGCCAUAUUUAUAAAAUACAAAUUUCAUAUUGUUACAUUUAUGAAAGUUAGCCAUCUGCAAAAUAAUAAUUUUAGUAAUAACUUAGUCAUUCAUUUUAUUUUUAUUAUGAUAAACAACAUAACUUGUGUGUCUAUAGUAACAAAUAUAAUCAAUAGCCAUAUAAUAAGAUUAUAAAUAUUAAUAUAAUACACAUCUUAUAGUUAUUAUAAUUUAUUGAGGGGAAAUGAUAAAAUGUGACUAAUUGUUUUAUAUCUUAUUUAUAUUGUCAAUUUGUUUUUUUAAGGUAAUUUAGCUAUUUAUUUAAUUUAUUUUUACUUCUAAAUGUGCUUACCUCAUCAUAGAACUUAAUUAUGUUUGAUGAAUUUCAAUCCAAUUCAUCAUAACCUUAUAUUUUUAACACAACAAUUGAUAGAAUUAAAAUACACAUAUUUUCAACAUUUAAUAAAUUAACUUUAAAUUACAAAACAUUUUAGUUCAAAAAUUAAAAUACAAAUUAAUAAAUCAAAGCUAAUAGUAUGCAUAUUAAGUGGUAGCUACAAAAUCGGACUAAUUGGUUUUAUUUUAACACUUAAUAUAAUUUAUUAUUAUAAUUACUAAUUAGGUUAUACGUUAGCUGUGUAUUGGUUAUCAUAUACUUGGUGCUAUUGUACACACAAUAGAUAAUAAUUAUUUACCAACACUUUUUGCAAAUUUUUAAUUUGAUUUAAUAUUGUUACGUAAAAUAUAUAUAAAGGAAAAAACUAAAUAGUUUUUGUUAAAACUGAAUAGGAAAACAUUAGCUUGUUGAAAAUGUAAUUAUACUGAUAUUGUUAGACUAGAUAUAAUGGAUAGUACAGGGUUAAAAUAUUUAACUCACUUGAAUAGUAAUAAUACUGACUGUUAAUAGUUAAUACUGUAUUUUAUUUAGCCAAAACAACCUAUUAUGUUUAUACGUUACACAUAACAUGAUCUUUUUUUUUGAUUACACAUUAUGUAAUUUGUCUUUUUAGACGUCGAUUAGAUAUCUUACCAGUAUUUUUAGAUUACAUUUAAGCAUCUAGUCUAGUAAGUCACUUGAGUAUUAUCCAAAUAAAUUUAUUAUGGAAAUUGUAUAAUAUAAUAUAAGUUUAAUAGUAGUUAUUUUAUAAUACAAAUACUAAAUUAUGCUUAGUUUUAUUAUUUAUACUAUAUACAUAGUAUGAUAGCUAUUUGUUCGCCAUUUAGUAUGAAAAAAUUAUGUUUAAUUAAAAAUUUAUUAUGACAAUGUAUGAUUUAAGUUAAAAGACUUAUUUUAUUAAGGACUGUCAAUCGUUAAAAAGUAUAUAGAUAAAGAUUACUUGUAGUUUUUAAUUAUAUUUUGUGUUCAUUCAUAAACAGAACACAGAAACAUUAUUUUAACACAAAGUCAAGUGAAAUAUGAUCAAUUUAAUUGUGUCUCGAAAAACCUCAUUCUGUGUAUAAAAUACAUUUUUAAAAACACGCUUGUUUAGAACAUUAUUGAUUAAAGACUGAGUAAUUAAGUUAUUUAUUAAAUUGGUCAAAGUACUAUUGUACUCCAAUAGUUGUCUUAAAUUGAAUGAUUUGGCGAUACAAUUUUAAAAUAAUAAAAUAUCAUAUCUAAGUUGACACGUAGUUUAAAAAAUUCAGAAUUUAGAGUAAUAAUAACUGAAGUUUAAAUGAUAUUUAUAUAAUAAAUUGGCUAGUUCAAAUUGUAUAAUUAUUAUUUUAAAUUUUGUAACUGACUUUUAAACCAAUUUUGUAUUUAGUCUUAUGAUAAAAUAUUAGUACUCCUUUCUUUUCCUUUUUAAAUUAAAAUCGCGGUUAAAAUUUUUUUUAUUUUAUUUUAUAUGUAUGUAAAAAUUCAAUGUAUUUAGUUAUAAACUCGAAAUUUCCGGUGUCGUUUAAAAAUUAAAAAUUAUUACUAUUUAUAACUUGUCUUUAUGAUUAUUGAUAUACAAAUUAAUUGAUUCCUAAUUAAAUCGCUAACUGCAGGAAGGGGACAAGUUUACUUUUUCUAAUUGUUCUUGAAAAACGAAAGACUAAGUAUGACAUGACCACAGUAAAUAAUGUAUAUAUGUGUGCUUAGAACAAAAUGAUAAUAAAAUCAAAAUUGAUAAAAAUUGACUUGUCUCCUUUCUUCGGUUGGCGAUUUAAUUAUGAAAAAAUAAAGACCCCAAUUAAAGUCAUUCAUUAUUUUAAAACUAUAGUUGUUCAAUAUGAGACUUAUGCAUUAGAAUUAUAUGCAGUUAUUAUAUUAAAAGACAUUAACCUACUUAAAUAUUAGAUAUAAGAAGCAUGCUAAAUAUUAUUUUUAAAGGAUUCAAUAUAAAUAAUUAAUUAUAAUUUUUAUGUUUUUUUGUAAAUUGAUAAGCCAUAC